CACGUGGUUAUAAAAACACGGAUGGGCUCGAGGGGGCGGUGGUGGACUGUCAGUAGAAAUAUGGCGUGGCCAAAGUAAUGAUUUAUCUCCGUAGUUUAAACGUUAAUUGAAAGUCAGUAGAACACAGUCGGAGUUUGAAGGGUGACCUCUGGUUGUCGGCGCCGUGUCGGUGUGAGAGACCCGGUAGAGUAGCGGUGAGAGAAGCUAGUUCAGUUUAGUGACGGCAGCCCUCAGGAGGAAGUGAUACCGCCUGCACCAGCGCUCUCAGCACGGUCGAGGAUAGCCUGUCUACGGUCAUGGCUGCCCUCGGGAACUCGGGUGCCACCUCCAGUCCUAUGGUGAUCCUGGCGCCCAAGACCAAAACGAAAAAGAAACAUUUCGUGCAGCAGAAGGUGAAAGUGUUUCGGGCCAGCGACCCGGUUCUGAGUGUCUUCAUGUGGGGCGUCAACCACUCGAUCAAUGAUCUCAACCAGGUGCCUGUUCCUGUCAUGCUGCUGCCUGAUGACUUCAAGGCCAACACUAAGAUCAAAGUCAACAACCACCUCUUCAACAAAGAAAACCUUCCAGGACAUUUCAAGUUCAAAGAGUACUGCCCUCAGGUCUUCCGAAAUCUAAGGGAACGGUUUGGUAUUGAGGAUCUGGACUAUCAGGUUACGUUGACUCGCAGCCCCCCACUGAGGAGUGUAGACGACCAGGGAGAGGGUCUGCUCCUCAACUCUUAUGACCGAACGCUGGUCAUCAAGCAAAUCUCCAGCGAGGAUGUUGCAGACAUGCAUAGCAUUCUGUCUGAGUAUCACCAGCACAUAGUGAAGUGUCAUGGAAGCACCCUGCUGCCACAGUUCCUGGGUAUGUACCGGGUGAGCGUGGACAGUGAGGAGACCUACCUGAUCGUCAUGAGGAACAUGUUCAGCCACAGGCUGGUGGUACACAGGAAGUACGACCUGAAGGGUUCUCUGGUGGCUCGAGAAGCAAGUGACAAAGAGAGGGGGAAAGAGCUUCCUACCUUCAAGGACAUGGACUUCAGGAACAACAUGCAGAAAGUUUACGUAACCGAGGAGCAGAAGGAGAAGGUCAUGGAGAAACUAAACAGAGAUGUGGAGUUUCUGGUGAAGCUGAAGAUCAUGGACUACAGCCUGCUGCUCGGUAUCCACGACGUGGGCCGAGCUGAACGGGAGGAGGAGGAGGGUGAGGAGGUUUCCAACGAGGAAGAACAGGAAGCAGAGAACGGCCUGGCUCCGGCCCCUAUGGCGGGAUCUUACGGCACCUCUCCGGAGGGAAUCGCUGGUUACAUGUCCUCCUGCAAACCUCUGGGGCCUGGAGAGUUCGACCCCUAUGUGGACGUGUACGCGGUCGGGAGCUGCGCAGGAGCCCCUCAGAGGGAGGUCUAUUUCAUGGGCCUGAUUGACGUACUUACUCAGUACGACACUAAGAAGAAAGCCGCUCAUGCAGCAAAAACUGUCAAACACGGGGCUGGUGCUGAAAUCUCCACAGUCCACCCCGAGCAGUACGCCAAACGAUUUCGCGACUUCAUCUCAAACAUUUUUGCGUGACACUCGCCUAUGAACGCCGCCACGAAUUCAUCUGACUCAGAGCAAAAAGUCAAUUUUAUCAUUGACCAAAAAAACAAAGUAGUAUGCACACACAGAUCAUUAUUUAAAUUUGGUGAUCUGAGGCAAGACUACGUACUUAACGUUGUAGCAAAAUAAUGUACUACUUCUGAUGCAUAUAUUUAUUUCAAAGAUUUAAGAUGUAUUGCUUAUAGAUAUUAAGCACUCUUUACGGAAUAACUCUGGAGCAAUAGGGCACUUGGAAACAAAGUGCUGUUGAUCAGUGUUCAUAGUGUUAGACCGCAUCAGUGAUGGAUCAAAUAUCAAUAUAUUUCUGAUUUUUUUUUUUCACUUUGCUCUGGUUCCCCAGGCAUGAACUAAAGUUAAAUGAAACACAUUUGGAGAUAAAUUUAUUCACGUUCUUGGUCAGAGUAAGAUGAGAAGAUUGAUACCACUCUCAUACCUGUCUGUUAAAUAUGAAGCUACGGCCAGGACAUGGUUAGCUUAGCUUAGCAUAAAGACUGGAAACUGUUGGACCGGCUCUGUAUACCAGCACCUCGAAGUCUCGCUAAUUAAGCAGUGACUUCUGGAGAGUCACUCAAACGGGCAAAGAAAUAGUCUGGGACGUAGCUCACUGUAAAACCACAAUGUGCCAUUUUUUUUCAGUACAGUUUUUGUCCAGAUUAAAUGAACAAGAUAUAACAUGUUACUUAGUGAAAGGUGACUAACUGUAUCUUCCUGUUUCCAGGCUUUAUGCUAAGCUAACCAGCUGCUGGCUGUUCACUGCUGAGAUAUGAGAGUAUUAAAAGAUCUCUCCACCGAUUCAGGCUUGCUCUGACGUUGUUGAUCUCACGAUGGACGGGUGGGGGGGGAUAACUGGGUCUGCUGCAUCAAUUUUUAUCAUCUUUUUUUUUUUUUUUUUUAUUCCAAACCUCCUCCUUCCUUGUCAUAACUUGCUGCCUACGUUACCCACGAUGCCACUCGGCCGCUUCACGUUCAGUCAGAGAGUUGGGUCUAGCGUCAGGCAGAGGUGAGGAGCGGGGCUGCAGGGGCCCGGUAAACUCACUUCACGCCCAGAUUUUCUUUUUCACUUUCAAACUCAGUCUUCAGACCCAACUGACGCUGAAUUGAACAACCGAGUGCACAACGCUGCGAAUGUCUUCCAGAGGAGUGCUGUUAUCCCAAUAUUUAAACGAUACUGCGCCCCCCGCCUUCUGACAAUAUGUCAUACAAGCUAGGUCUUUUCCACCGUAACCCGACCGUUAACAAUUUUCUCCUCUAACUCAGCAAGAAAGGGAAUAAGUCCCAAAAUGUCAAACUGUUCCUUUCUAGAAUAAUGUUUUAUGGGGAUGGGUAUUUAAAAAAAUCUAAUGGUAGUCUAGACAGUUGACUUCUCUAGUAUAUUAUUACUUAUCUACAGAAGCAUGCCAUUUGAAUGUUUAGAGUGCCAAAUGUGUGGGAUCAGAGCUUUAUCAAAGCAGGAUUUGCACUUCGCAUACAAUUAAAUUGACACUGUGGUGACAGAAUAGUUAAAUGAACCACAGUUGGAAAUGGAUCAAACACAGUUUUCCACCAAAGUCUCUACUAAACCUCAUACAGAACAGUCUUGUCAAUUGAAACAGCAAAUGUGUGGUAUUUGAAUAGAAAGAAUAUCAAAUAAUUUAGCCUGUAAACCUUUUUGCCAGCCCUGCUUCUCUUGGCUACCACAGCCUGUAAAGAGAGUGUGGGCUGGCUGACCUUGGAGCAUUUCCUUUACCCACAUAGAUGAACCUGCGUUAAUGAAGUGACCGGUCCGGAUCCUGGGAUCAGUCCUGCCUUUUUAACAACAUGCGUCGUCGUGUCGAUGUGUAAUUCGACAUCAAAACGCCUCCUGAAAAUGAGCCCGACCAUCGUCAGUCUGGACGGGCUCAAUUUUGAACGCGGCGUAGGGUUUUGUGAGUUGACAUGGAAAACGUGCGCUGUGUGAAUCAUUGUCAUAGGUUAAGAUUUAGAAAAAUAUAGUGGUAGAACUAGGAACUGUUGUCUGUGUAUCGUACUGAUUUAGUGAUAACCAGGGUUCUGUGUUAAAUAUUGUGACAAUAACACUACAUUUCAGUAGCUUAUGCAGUUAGCCUUAACACAGUGAGAUGACACAGCAUUCCUAAACACUGGCAAGGCAGCGCAGAUACAGUAAUACUCUGUGUGAUGCCUCAUCUACUCAAUGAUUGCACAUGUUGUAUUUUUGCAAAUCAGCUUUUGGACCAAAAUAUAUUUUAUGAAAAA